GGCAAUAGGUGGAAGCCAGUUCUCUCAGGUUGAUGUCCUGGUUAACUUCACUGCUUUCCAAAGGACUCUCAGGGCCUGUAGAAUGACAAGAAGUUGAGACAGAACCUCAUUAGAUGAUGAUGCUUGGAGGAUAUUUUGAUGCAACGUGAUGGUGUUGCCCCACAGUUCACCAACGCUAGCACAAUCCAGAUGUCAUGACUAAGGCUACAUUUAUGUCAUGGAAGUCACAGAAUCCGUGGGGGUCCUGCCAGGGUUCCAGCGACAGGCAACAGCAUUGACAAGCAACGGGGGGGCCUGCAAUGUUCCAGCAUCAGAUGGAGAGAGAAGCCAAGCAGGUACCACAUCUCCUGAAAAUAUAUCUGGAAUAAUCCAUCUAAGAUCACAGAAAUUUUCCGUUCACUGCUGUUAAUGCUGAUCCUGGUGCUCCAGGCUAAGAAUUCAGCCCACGGAAAGGCAGUGCAGCCUGGAUUCAACAUAGAGAAAGGCACUGAUGAGAAAAAGAGUGAUGACUGCCCGCCCCGAAAGGAUUUCAAAUUCCCUCUAAGUGUGCAAGUUGACAUAAGCAUCAGCAGCACAAAGCAUGCUAUCAAAGUGGGCCAUGAUGUCAGUAACCGGUCUAUGUCUCCCUGGGAUUACAGCAUUAACGAAGAUCCCAACCGGUUCCCCCAAGUGAUCGCUCAGGCCAAGUGCCGCCAUUACAGCUGUGUGGACUCCACCGGACAGGAGGACUACAGCAUGAAUUCCAUCCCCAUCCAACACGAGAUCCUUGUUCUCCAACGGGAGCAGAGAGGCUGCCAGCACGCUUACCGGCUGGAGAAACAGCUGGUCACCGUGGGCUGUACCUGUGCCAGGCCCAUCAUCCACUACCUGCAGUAAGAGAAGCCAGAAGAUCAGAAGAAGGAAACACAUGGAGAACCAGCCAUGGGCCUCAGAUUUAACAAAUGGCCUGAUCCAACUCCCACUGAAAAGAGUUGGAGUCUUUCCACUGAUUUCACUGGAAUUGGGCCAGGCCAUAAUCAAUAGCCAGAUUCAAAGACAGCUGGCCAAAAAAGAGGGGAGAAAUACACAAUUUUUUAAAAAAAUUUCCCCCAGAUUUUGAAAUUCUGAAUUUCAAAAUUCAACCAGAUCCAUAAGUGCGAGAUAAAAGGGUGAAAACUUUCAUAAUUUGAUAUCAACCUUUUCCCCCAUUUGUUUGUUGUUUUUUAUUUCAAAAUUCAAACCAUUUUGACCAGCUCUAGAGUCAAUCAAAGCCUUGGGGAAAUCAACCUGAAUCGGAAUCUAAAAUCCAGAGGCUUUUUUAAGUGCUCAUAAAAGUAAAUUAUUAUAUUUGUAACAGCACAAGACUUUAAAAAAAGCAAAAAUGUAGUUUUCUUUCUUUUUCUGCAAAUGGAUAUGGAACAUAAAACCAAAUUUGCAGCAAUUUAACUAUCUAUGUAAACCCCCAGGAAAA